UUUAGGCUCCGCCCCGUCCGCGGCUCGCAGAUCGCAGAAGGCGCACAUGUCCUGCUGAAUGGAGCUGGUCGCUGGUUGUUACGAGCAGGUCCUCUUUGGAUUCUCUGUACACCCGGAGCCCAAGGCGAGCGGCGACCACCAGCAGAAAUGGACUCCUGUGGCUGACUUCACGCACCAUGCCCACACGGCCUCUUUGUCAGCGGUGGCUGCAAAUAGUCGUUUUGUAGUCACUGGGAGCAAAGAUGAAACAAUUCAUAUUUAUGACAUGAAAAAGAAGAUAGACCAUGGGGCUCUAGUGCAUCACAAUGGCACAAUAACUUGCCUGAAAUUCCACGGCAACAGGCACUUAAUUAGUGGGGCGGAAGACGGACUCAUUUGUGUCUGGGAUGCAAAGAAAUGGGAGUGCCUGAAGUCGAUUAAGGCGCACAAAGGACAUGUGACCUUUCUUUCUAUUCACCCAUCUGGCAAGUUGGCCCUCUCUGUGGGGACAGAUAAGACAUUAAGAACAUGGAAUCUUGUGGAAGGAAGAUCGGCAUUCAUAAAAAAUAUAAAACAGAAUGCUCACAUCGUAGAAUGGUCCCCAAGAGGAGAGAAAUAUGUAGUUGUCAUACUGAAUAAAAUAGAUGUCUAUCAUCUUGACACAGCAGCUGUUAGUGGCACCAUCACAAACGAAAAGAGAGUAUCUUCUGUUACGUUUCUUUCAGAGUCUGUCCUUGCAGUGGCUGGAGAUGAAGAAGUUGUAAGGUUUUUUGACACUGAUUCAUUAAUGUGCCUCUGUGAAUUUAAAGCUCAUGAAAACAGGGUAAAAGACAUGUUCAGUUUUGAAAUUCCGGAGCAUCAUGUUAUUGUUACAGCAUCAAGUGAUGGUUUCAUCAAAAUGUGGAGGCUUGCACAGGAUAAGAAAAUUACCCCAUCUUUACUUUGUGAAGUAAAUACUAACGCCAGGCUGACGUGCCUUGGAGUGUGGCUAGACAGCGUGACAGACACGAAAGAAAGCCUCCCUCCCGCUGCAGAGCCUUCUGCUGUAAGUAAAGAACAACCCAAAGGCGGCAAAAAGGAAUCAGGUGGUGCGGUGCAGGAAGAAGCAAGGCAGUCAAAACCUCACACGAAGAAACGUGGUUUAACUGGUGUCAGUGAGGAGCCAACCAAAGGAAGUGGCCUGGUGGCAGCCAAGAAGAGGAGAGUGGGAGAAAUGUUGGAAAAGAAGAGAAAAAAGAAGAAAAUAAGAGUAAUGCAGUGAAUCCCAAGUUUCUCCUAAGAGAAAAACUUUUUAGAUGGACUUGUUCUUUUCAUAUGUACCUAAUCCCUCCCUUCCCUCCCUCUUGCAAAAACUAGGAAUGUCCUCUUUUGGAGAAAAUGUACAGCUCUAAAAAAAAAAAAAAAAAGAAUCACUAAAACUCAGUUUUUUGUUGUUGUUUUUUAAAAGAGUGCCAAAACAUUUUCGUAGGAAAUAUUUAUCAUGAUAUAUAUUAUGUUAAUGUGGAAUAUAAUUUUUACUUUUGUGCAAAGCAAAUAAAGAUCUUUCUCAAAAUAAUGU